AUGAUUCGAAAUGUGAGGCGACGAAUAUCGACGUUUGUCUCGUUACUUUUCACAUUAUUCCUGUUUACCACCACAAUUCACUCAAACGCGAGGAACAGCGAAAAAUCCGCCGAAAUGCGGGCAUCGAGGCUCAGCUUCUCGAAUUUGCGAGAUGUCGCUUGGCAUUUUCUUGGCGAUGACGAGCCGCGCGAGCCCCUAUUGGCCCAUCAUCCAUUCAAUAAUACGUGCCGAUUUUUCUUGCCCAACAUUUACGCGGACGAUAUCAUUCCGUAUCGUUUGUCGGAACGAAAGCGCCAAUUUCGGUGUCCGCUUGAAGAUCUCGACUAUGCGACGAUGGACAAUGAGGGCUAUAUGUAUGUUCAUCCGCAUUUCGUCAAUUAUCCGAACACGACGAAGAAUGUUUCUUGUAAGGUCGUCAUCAUUGAGGGCGGUUUGCGGCAGCCGGAGAAGAACAAAACGAAGAACGAUUUUUACGAGGUUGCCGUUUUGGAGGCGCCCGAAAAUCAGCGAUUCUGGGUGAACGCCGACGCGUUUCUGGUGCGAUGCCAUCGAAUCGACGGCAAAAACGAAACGGUUUGGGAGAAGGCGUUCGCCAGCAUUCGAGAUGAUCAAUUAAACGCGAACAAGAUUUUCAACGUCUCCGACUUGCAAUCGUUUGGCAAUUUUGGCGAGGAGUUUCUGAAGGCGCCACGCCGUCCGCAAACGAAUCGCUACUCAAUCGAUAUCAUGGGAUUCGAUUCGACGUCGCGGAACAUGUUUAUGCGACAUUUGCCGCGAUCCACGGAGAUCAUGAAGAAAUUGGGAUAUCAUUUUUUGUAUGGAUAUACCAAGAUUGCUGAUAACUCAAUGGUCAACUUGGCGCCAAUUCUCAUCGGCGAGGUCAAAGAGGCGCAAGAGAAGCCGAAAACCGACGCGUCCGGCGAUAUCAAUAUCGACUCGAUUCUUCCGCAACGCGACGCGCUCGAUCCGACGAAUUUGGACUUUCUUUGGAAAAUGAUGGGUGAAAAAUUCGGAUGCAAAAGCAUGUUCAAUGAGGACAUUUCGAUGAAAGGCUUGGGUCUGUUCAACUAUCCGAACCACGAGUUUCAGCCCGGCUUUCGCAAAAAUCCGGCCGAUCAUUAUUAUCGGCCGUAUUAUUUGGCCGUCUACCAUAAAUGGAAAUACUCGCAAUGCAAAGACGGCGGCCAAAUUCAAAACGAAUUCAUUUCAUUGUGGAAACGAUUCGCGCUCUAUUAUAAGGACAUUUGCCAUUUCGGCUUCUCGUUUGUGACAACGUUGACCCAUGAGGCGACGUUCAUGUUGGAGGUCAUUGAUGAGCAGCUGAGCUACGACCUCAGUCAGCUCUAUAUUGCGGGAGCACUUGACAACACACUGAGCGUGAUAAUGGGUGAUCACGGCAAUCGUAUUGGAGCUAUUCAAUUUUCUUAUACGGGUCGAAUUGAGGAGCGAAUGCCAUUGAUGGCGAUCAGACUUCCCACGGGCUUCAAGGACAAAUAUCCGGUGGAGUAUCGCAAUUUCAUCGAGAACAAGUAUAAGCUGACGGGCAACUUUGAUAUUCAUAAGACGCUUGAGGAUAUCGUCGAGAUGAGAUUCGGCGAGAAGCGCGAAAACUCGCCGCCAUCCUCUGGAAGGGGUAUCAGCUUGUUCGACAGCAUUCCGAAUGAUCGGGAAUGCAAGGAUGCGUUCAUUCCGGAGAACUUUUGCAUGUGCAUGAUUGAUGUCUCAAAUGUGACGACGCCGUUGGCGAAGACCAACAUGCCGGAGACGAAGACGUAG